CUCGUGUGUCCACAAAUCCGAUAGAACCACCGCCAUCAUGCUACGGCCUCGCAACGCGCUGGUAUGCGGCCUGCUCUUUUGGGGAGGUGCUUCCAUGGCCGCCCCGCCUAGUGCAGUAACUGCAGUCGCGCUGGGCGAGAUUGGGUCCGACGCCGCGGCAGCACAGAGCGGGCGAAAGCUCACAGGCCGGUUUUUGCACAUUACAGACUUCCACCCCGACCCGUUCUACAAGACAUACUCGAGUACGACUGCUGAGGCGGCAUGUCACCGCCAACGAGGACCUGCCGGCAUCUACGGCGCUGAGACGUCAGGGUGUGACUCGCCGUUUUCGCUGGUCAAUGAGACGUUCAGAUGGAUCAAAGAGAAUGUCAGGGACGACAUCGACUUUGUGAUCUGGACUGGUGACUCGGCGCGACAUGACAACGAUGAGAAGCAUGCGCGCACGCAGAAGCAGAUCAUAAGCCAGAACGAGUUCCUGGUCGAGAAGUUCGGGGAGGUGUUUGGCGUGUCUGACGAGGACCGCAGAGGGACCAACGAAUAUGUAAUUCCUAUCGUGCCAACGUUUGGCAAUAACGACAUUAUGCCGCACAACAUUUUCCUCGAGGGGCCGAACAAGUGGACGAUGAAGUACCUCGAUAUCUGGCGCAGCUUCAUCCCGGAAGCGCAAAGGCAUCAGUUCCAACAAGGCGGCUGGUUCUCUGUCGAGGUCAUCCCAGCCAAGCUGGCUGUGGUUAGCUUGAACACGAUCUACUUCUUCACAUCAAACUCCGGCGUCGACGGCUGCGCGAACAAGCAUGAACCCGGCUACCAACACAUGGAAUGGCUGCGCAUUCAGCUCCGAAUCAUGCGCGAACGCGGCGUCAAAGCGAUUCUCAUGGGACACGUCCCGCCUGCCCGAGUUGACAGCAAGGAGAGCUGGGACGAGACUUGCUGGCAGAAGUACACACUGUGGGUGCAGCAGUACCGAGACGUGAUUGUGGGCUCGCUCUACGGGCACAUGAAUAUUGAUCAUUUCAUGCUGCAGGACUUCGAUCAGAUCGACGAACACACAAGAAAGGGCGACAUGGCCGCGCAGACUCGAGCUAAGGGUGUCGAUGGCGAAGUCAGACUGCUCGAGGAUGGCGAGGUUACAGUCGCGUCUGCAUCAGACUACCUCUUGAGUCUACGAGACUUUUGGGCACAGCUUCCAUCGCCUCUCGCGGAUUCGAACAAAAGGGCGCUUCCGAAGUCCGGCAUUUGGGACGAAGAGGAGGACGAAAGCUCGGUCUGGGAAUGGCUGAUGACUAAGGUCACGAGCUCGAGGCGCAAGAACGCUAGGAAGAGCGCACAGAAGAAGUAUAUUGAGAAGAUUGGAGGAAAGUACGCCCAGCGCUACAGCGCAUCGCUCGUCUCGCCCAGUGUGGUACCGAACUACUAUCCUACCCUCCGCAUCAUCGAGUACAACAUCACCGGACUCGAACACCUGCACGUUCAGAGCACGUCCUCGCCCUCUCAAGGUCAUCAGCAAGCCUUUCUUAAGCACCAGUUCUCAAACGAUGAUGGGUACAAAAGGGAAGUCGAUACAUUAGUUAGUCAGAAGGAGACGCAGAAGAAAAAGGAAAGAGCUGCUAAGCACUCAAAGAAGUACCGCUUCAAGGUGCCUGAGGGACCAUCCAAGUCUGCACCUCCUGGUCCGGCUUACUCGCCACAAGUCCUGACAUGGACUCGGUACACCCAGUAUUUCGCCAACCUUACGCGCAUCAACAAUGACUUCGUGAAUCCUCAACAUCACCAUUACAACGUGGACGGCGAGGACACCUCUGCCAAUGAGCUAGUCCCACGAACAAUAUUCGGUCUUGAAGUUAACAAAGGUGGUGAAAUCGAGAGCAAAGGCUGGAAGGAAGGAAAGCAUGGACACCACAACGGAAAGCACCCACGACCCGAGCCCCACCCGAAGGACUUUUACUACGAACUCGAGUACGACACAAGGGAGAAGAAUUUUCCUGAUCUCACUGUCAGGAGGUGGGUUGAGUAUGCGAGGAAGAUUGGUGGUGGCCGCGCGAAGGGUGCGAAUGUUGAUUACGAAGAGAGGAACAUGGAUGAGGUUGAGGGACAAUUAGACACAGUCGACGAAGACAAGCUCGAGGCAGAGGGCAAGAAACACAAGAAACACAAGAAGGGCAAGAAGCAUCACAAGGCUUCGAAGGAGUGGUUUACAUUCGUCAAGCGGGCCUUCGUAGGCACCAUGGAUCCGCAUGAGAUCAAGGAAAUGUUUGGGCGGUCUGCUCCGGUAGCAGAAGAGGUGCAAGAAGUCGUGGAGUUGUGAUCGUACGGGUACUGCUGUUGUCUGGAUACCCUGUGGACUUGGGUAUGGUUCAAGUCUUGCUCUUUAGCGUUGCAUAUCACGACAUUGGGUGCAUGAUGGAGAGGAGCAUUGGGAGGCGUUAAAUCAAUCAUCAUAUUGGAUAUCAUUCAUCACUUCAGCACGUGGGUACGUCUUGAUGGUCUCGACUUUCACAUAACGUGCCUGGCAAGCGAGUCGCGCAGGCAAGCGAGUCGCGCACCCCACCAACUUUACACACCUCCACAAGCGUAUAUCUCAACAACGUGAUAAUAUAAUAUAUAGAUAAUUAUAGAGUAAAUUAAGCAG